CGACGACGAUGACGACGACGACGGCGAUGAUGACGACGAUGACGACGACAACGACGACGAAAGCUAGUCUUAAUGAAUAAGAACCGCCGCAUCAAGCGAAAAUUGAAUCGAAUGUUGGCACGAAAAUAUAUAUCAGGAACAAAAUAUCGAACGUGUGAUCUAGCAUCUAGAUAAGUUGGCAUUCGUUUUUCAAAGUUGACUCCCUUUUUAAUUUCAUUUCUUUCUCUCAUCUAUAAACUACACGAUAGUAUAUAUAAUUUCGAAGCGAACGAUGCAUAAUGACGAGCGGCGUGACUACUAAGUUCGAUCCGGAUUGGGUAAGAAUGGUGGAGUUGCGUGCGACUGGUGCCAGGAUGGCUGGAAAUCUAGACACCAGAUCAUCAAAUCGUCUGCACUAUGCCAUCUUGACGAUCCUGGAUACGAUAUUUUCCGCGCUCGUAGCUGCGCCGGCGGUGGUUGGUUACUGGCGCGGCACUUGGGAACUCAGCGAUUUCUAUGUCUACCCGGAUGAGCCAGUGUUGAGCAGCUUCGCGUCGAUCACAAUCGGCUUCACUGGCCUCUUUGCCUUCAACGUGCUGCAACAUGGCUUGAAUGACAUUCUGCAUCCAGAUAAGCAUCGGUUGUCCUACUAUCUCGGCUCACGAAUCUACACCGGCGUGUUUGGUUUUUGCUGCGUGAACGCUUGGCGCGGUGCCUGGAAGGCCCUGGACAUUUAUACGGAGCUGAUGCCCGGCACAGUUUUUGCCACAACUAUCGUUAGUCUCCUCGCGCUCGGCAUCAUGCGCGCAGUUCGUAAUGUAUCCGCGCCGCCGUUUUCUCUUGUUCUUGACUCGUGUCCGGGUUACUUUGAAGUGCAGACUAUGUUUCGCGUCAACAAUACGAGGGACUGGUCGUUGUACUUACUGGAUUGUGCCUUUAGCGUUGGUGUCGUGGGUACGUUGGUUGUCUUCGUCUGGAGAGGAGUUUGGAUUUUGAUCGACAUUUACCUAUUUCCAGAAAACCCUGAGUAUUCUGCUCUUGGCUCACUGGCUAUCGGGUAUUUUAUAGUCCUCGUGACGUUUUGCCUACAACCGUUGAUGCGAUAUAUCUGCGCGCGUCUUCAGGGUCUGGUUCGCUUGAUGGUCGCGGAUGUUUUUCUUUUUCUGAGCUUUCUGGGGACUGUCAACGUCUGGCGCGGCAUAUGGAACGCGUUGGAUCUCUGGCUGCUGCCGGACAAUCCGGAAUUGUCCUGUUGGAUCACUCACGUUGGCUGCUUCGUUUUUCUCGUCCUUCUCAAUUGUAGCAAUACUAUCCUAGUUCGUGGCGUUUACAUCGAUGCCGAGGAAGAAAAAGGACAAUGCGUUGUGUUUCCAUGCCAUUAUCUUCGUUUAUUCUUUAAGAUUGAACGCGAGAAGAAGCAAGCGCGACAACAGAAGCUGUUGGUAGAUCAUUCUGAUGUAAAUGAAAAGGACAAUGAAAAUGGAACUCUCCUACCGAACACGGUAUCAAUUAUACCUGUGAAUGCAGAUUCUCUUGCAUAAAAGCGAUAUACGACAAGUCGUUUUUAUCACGAAUAGAUCUGUGUUCCAAAAUUUACU